UCUAAAUGAAAAUUCCCAGGGAAAUAUUUCCCUUUUCCCUUCUCUCAUAUUCUAAACGAAAAAUUCCCGGGGAUUUUGUUCCCUUUUCUCUUUUCCCUUAUUAUAAACUAACUUCGAAUGUGGGAACAAAUACUCCGAGAAAAAAGUAGGCAUUCUAAAUGUCAAAAGAAGGGAAUUAAAAAAUGUAUUUGGCGCGAGUUUCUUCCCGAUAAAUUUGGUGGGGAGUUUGACCAAAAUGUCUAAAACAACAAACAAGUGCCAGCUUCAAAUUCUGUUGAGUUUGAUGGAAGCCCAACGCGAUAUUGCUUGUGGCUUCCAGAAAGGAAGCAAGGAGGAGGUGUUACUGUUUUGGCAUGCGGCUGAAAAUGCUUUAAAUGCAUCUGGGCCACCAAGCAAAAACAUAUCGGAAUGGAAAAAGGUGUGGUGUGACCAGAAAAAAUAUGUUAGAGCUAAGGCUGCUACAAACCUUAAGGCCAGAAAUGGUACUGGCGGUGGGCCAAACAAAGAACAAAAACUUUCCGACUAUGAACAGGCUGGUGUUACAGAAAUCAAUUCAUCGUCCAUAGGAUCGGCUUUAUAA